ACCUGGGCACCUCCAGUCCUGGUGCUGCUGGGGGUGCUGGCGAUGGUGGCGAGGAUGGCCCUGGAAGCAGCGCCUGUGUCCCGCCUGAGGAGCCGCCGGGAUGCCCUUCUGCGCAAAGGAGUCAGCUUCGAAUGCCAGAACGAGGAGGAGGAGGAGGAAGGAGACAACUCUGUCUCCGAGGACCUGGGUUGUCGACGCGGAGAGUUCAGCAGAAAGCAUUAUGGAUCAGUAGAGCUGCUUAUUUCCAGUGAUGCUGAUGGAGCUAUCCAAAGAGCUGGCCGCUUCCGGGUGGAAAAUGGCUCUGUCGAUGAGAAUACAGAUUAUGCCCCUGGUACAUGGCACCGAACAGAUGUGCACUUGGAAAACCCAGAGUACCAUACCAGAUGGUACUUCAAAUAUUUUCUAGGAAAAGUUCACCAGAACUAUGUAGGAACCGAUGCAGAGAAGAACCCUUUCUUUCUGUCUGUUGUGCUUUCCGACCAAAACAAUCAGCGUGUUCCUCAGUACCGUGCGAUCCUCUGGAGAAAAACAGGUACUCAGAAAAUAUGCCUCCCUUACAGUCCUACAAAAACAUUGUCCGUGAAAUCUAUUUUAAGUGCCAUGAAUCUUGACAAAUUUGAGAAAGGACCUAGAGAAAUUCUUCACCCAGAAAUUCAAAAGGAUUUAUUGGUUCUUGAAGAACAAGAGGGUUCUGUCAAUUUUAAGUUUGGAAUUCUUUAUGCCAAAGACGGACAGCUAACAGAUGAUGAGAUGUUCAGCAACGAAACCGGGAGCGAAAGCUUUCAGAGGUUGUUGAAUCUCUUAGGGGACACCAUUACGCUGAAGGGCUGGACAGGCUACAGAGGAGGACUGGACACCAAAAAUGACACCACCGGCAUCUGUUCCAUGUACACCGUCUACCAAGGGCAUGAGAUAAUGUUCCAUGUUUCGACCAUGCUUCCAUAUUCCAAGGAGAACAAACAGCAAGUAGAAAGGAAACGGCACAUUGGGAAUGAUAUCGUCACCAUCGUGUUCCAGGAAGGGGAAGAAUCUUCGCCAGCCUUUAAGCCAUCCAUGAUCCGCUCUCACUUUACACAUAUUUUUGCCUUGGUGAGAUAUAAUAAGCAAAACGAUAGUUACAGGCUGAAAAUUUUUUCAGAAGAGAGCGUACCUCUCUUUGGACCUCCGCUUCCAUCCCCGCCAGUGUUUACGGACCACCAGGAAUUCAGGGACUUUCUGCUGGUGAAAUUAAUAAAUGGAGAGAAGGCCACUUUGGAAACCCCAACGUUCGCUCAGAAGCGGCAGCGCACUUUGGACAUGUUGAUUCGCUCCUUAUACCAGGACCUCAUGCCUGACAUGCACAAGAACAUGCUCAACAGGAGAUCCUUCAGUGACGUCUUACCCGAAUCCCCCAAAUCAGCCCGGAAGAAAGAAGAGGCUCGCCAAGCUGAAUUUGUCCGUCUUGGCCAGGCGCUCAAACUCAAAACGAUUGUGAGAGGCGAUGCCCCUGCUAUUCUGGCAACCACCAGCUUUUGUAAAAAAGAGCCCUGGGAGUCCCAGUGUUUCUGCAGCAAUUUCCCCCAUGAUGUCGUCUGUGCAGAUUCCUGGGGCCAGUCACUCCUUGUUUCCACAGAUGUCGGUGUCCUACUCUUAGACGAUGGGCAGCCUUCCACUCCAGUGUUUGAUAAAACUUUACAAAUCAAGCAGAUGCACAUACUAGAGACUUUAGACCUUCUGAUUGCAAGAGCAGACAAAGGGAAGGAUUCCCGCCUCCUUGUCUUCAGGCUGAGUGCUGUGCAGAAAGGCAUUGAAGCCAAGCAAAUCAAGACCAAAUGCGAUUGUCGAGAAAACAAACUGGAGAAAACAAAAGGCUGCCAUUUGUAUGCCAUCAAUACCCACCACAGCAGUGAACUGCGGAUUGUUGCGGCAAUCCGCAACAAGUUGCUCCUCAUCACCAGGAAGUUCUGGCAGUGGGAAGGUCUGAACAGUGCCCCCAUGAUGUCACCUCAAUCGGAGUCCCCUGUGGAGGAAUUCCAGUACAUCCGGGAGAUCUGCUUGUCUGAUGUUCCAGCCGUCAUGACGUUGGUGGACGGACCCACAGGAGAGAAUGACAACCUGAUCUGCGUCGCCUACCGACACCAGUUUGACUUGGUCAAUGAGAGCACGGGGGAAACCUACCGGUUACAUCAAGUUGAAUCAAGCAGGGUUAAUUUUGUUGCAGCUAUUGAUGUGUACGAAGAUGGAGAAGCCGGUCUCCUCUUGUGUUAUAACUAUGUCUGCUACUACCGCAAAGUGUGCCCCUUCAAUGGGGGUUCAUUUCUGGUCCAGCCAUCAGCAUCUGACUUCCAUUUCAGCUGGAAUCAAGUUCCUUAUGCUAUUGUUUGCGCUUUCCCUUACAUUUUGGCCUUUACCACCGAUUCCAUUGAGAUCCGAUUAGUGGUGAAUGGAAACCUCGUUCACACAGCUGUGGUUCCUGCACUUCAGCUGGUGGCAUCAAGGUCAGAUAUCUACUUCAGAGCUGCAACAGCUGUGAGUGAACCAUCCAACAGCAGCUCAAAGGAGACCAGUUCCCCCAGUUCCCCCCAGACGCCAUCAGUUCAUGAAAUUCCUGUUUUCUCUCCUUCUGCAGCUGAAGGUGAAGCGCUGUGUAAGAACAUCUACAAAAUCCCACUGAGCAACCUGGUUGGCAGAAGUGUUGAACGACCACUUAAGUCCCCUCUGGUUCCCAAAGUCAUCACCACACCAACAUCCACAGGCGGCAUCCCUAUGGCUCCAUCCCUACCAUUGUCGCGCAUAGAGAUCAAAGAGAUUGCUAGCAGAACACGCAAAGAAUUACUCGGGCUUCUAGAGUCUGUUCCCAAGACAGAAGGAGGGCAGAAGCAGAAGAAGCCUCCGCCAAAACAGUCAGACCCCAAGCAGGGAACUGUACGGUCGACAAGCAGUGACAGGCUGGUUGAAAGCUCUCUCGAAAGUGCUUCUGAAGAUCGGCACUUCUCUACCAGUUCAGAUCCCGACACAGCCCCCCGGGACGAGAGUCCCCCUUCUGGCAACCUCUUUCAACUAGGGGCUUCCUUUGACGAAGACACCAUUGACUUGAAAUAAGAACAGAGAUACUACACUUGCACACAUCUGUCCUCGGCCCUCCCUCCCUCCAGUUUACCCCCCUUUUCCUAUUUUGUACGACUCUUUAAAACAGUCUUUAAAACAGUCUAGGAAAUCACACCACACUUUCUAGUAAUCCUGGAAGUAGAAAAUACUAGGCGAUCAAACUUGGGAAUGCCCAGCAUUUCUAACCCUUUGAAUUUUGGGGCCCUGGCGGGCGGGAGGGCAUCAAGAGGUAUGCUUCAUUGUAUUUUUCGUGGUGAAAUUGUACACUUGUGGCCCAGUUAAAGCACUUUAGCUGAUGGAUCAAAUGAGUUUUAACCCAUUGGUUGGUUAAAUCCCUAUAUCUUUGAAUGUUACCCAGACAUUUGCUGGGGGAUGGAAGAAAGAGCUGUCCAAAAGUCAGGAGAGUCUUCUCUUUCCCCCGCUGCACCCCAAAUCAACCACCAACAGCAGCCUCUGUAUUGGAGCAGAAUGUGAGGCAGAGACCAAGUGGCCUCGGAGCAUGAUCCGGAUGACCCAAGGAAGGCGGAAAUGCUACAGAGCACCCAUAUGGUAUGCCAGGAAGACUUCAGAAGCAGGAUGGAAAUAGACCAAAGGAGUAUUCUGGUUCUCGGUCUGCUGAAGGUUAUAACCACUGCAUCUCCCUCUUUGUUUUCUCAUCCAAAGGCUCUAACAGAGACCAAGUCAUGAUCUCUGUACAAGAAGGAAGGGAGGGGGGCAAAAAGUAUUAAGAUGGCACCUGCAGUUUUAUUAAGUCCUGCUUGUGGGUUUGCUAAGAAGGAACUUUCCGGACAAACUGGAUGCUGGACUAGAUAUGCCAUUGGUCCCUUUUACCUUAUGAUAAGUUUAAUUUUUGGAAAAAAUGUGUUAACCAAUGAAUUGUGGGCACCUUCUCAGCUGAUUACGAAAGAAAGUUGUUGUGCUUAUCUAACAAUUUAAUUGCAUUGAGGUUGCAUUCUGUUAGAAUAACCGUCUUUUCCUCUUCUAUCUACUGUAGCAGAUUUCCAGUAGCAGUUUUCUUGAAGUGAAGCCUUUUUUAAAAAAUCCAUUCAGUGUUCAUUUUCCUUACCCCAGUCUGCACUGUUUGUAGUGAUGGCACAGAUGUUAAUGGUAAAAAAACAAAACAAUACUUCCUUGUUUUUAUUACAGAAAAUGUUAGGCACAAUAGGAUGUUUGUACAGCAAAGAUGUCUUGUUUCUCCAUUCCGUCCCACCCCACAAAAAAAGGUGCAGGCUGAAGCAUAACUGGCUUUGGCCGACUGAGCUUCCCUCAUUUCCGUCCUGAGACUGUUAAUCCGUUUGCCGGAGAGCUAAAAAGCAGAGCUGGGGACAUCAGGUAAGAUCCGGUGUGUCUUGGCCUCUCCGGCCAAGGAGCCAGUUGAUAGUUUUUGCAGAGAGCUGAAAGAGGGGAAGAUGUCUUCGCCUCUGCUAAAUGAGCCUUGCAGGUUUUUCCUCUUUCAGUAGCCUGCUAAACCUAUUUAACCAAAGGUGAGGUUGGAGCAAAAAAUGUAUGCUUGACCCUAUUGGAUGGCCAGUUUCUCUUAAGUCACUUUCCCCCCUCUUUCUGGUAUUGUUUUUUUUUUCUAUGAAGAAAGUGAAGAUAUAGGUAGAAAGCUGGCCCAGCAAGAGAGAGACUUUGCUAGAACUGUGAGAAGCUAGCUUUUCACCUGCAGAAUAGACAGGCUCCAGCACACGAGUAGCAUUGAACCCCAACACCUUUUGUCCAUCUCCCCUUGGGUUCAAAUCUUCCCCCUUCUGAAGUUGCAGACAGAAUUGCUACUUAUUUUUAUAACUACGGAUCAAAGUAGUUUAUUGUCAAGUGGUUCUGUCUGCUUCUGGAGAUGCGUCUUUUAUUUAUUUAGCUGCAUGCAUGCACCCUGUUGACCAAUGAAGCAAUACUUUUAAGAACAGAAAUGACUUGUCUUUGUCACUAAGCAAGGCUUUUCCUAUGGGAGUGCCAUACCAAGCAGAACGGUAUUUCUCAUUUCUAAAAAAGGGUCAUGUUCCUCACUCUUAUGAGCAAAGGGUGAUUUUUUGUUUGUUUGUUUUAAAGAUGAAGGCAGUGUUUGCUUUGAGAUUAGAAGGAAGGUGGUCUAAGAAGGGAUUCUCAAGGGGCAAGGAACUGUGACGCAGUUCGUGGCCCUUGCUUACGGAUCCCAUUUUCCACCUUCCGUUUUCCUACCUCCUUUGCCCACCGUAAUUCCAUGAAUCCAAUCCCUCCAUCCCUUCUGUUAACGCAAUUGCCUUAUUUUUGCCAGUAGGACAGAGCAUUCAAUCUCUUCUAGAAGGAAUGAUUGUACUGAAUAAUCCAUUUGAUGUUAUGCCCAAUGCCAAGGAACCAGGGCAUCUAAUACACAGAGGCUGUAUUAGAUCGCUGGAUUCACUUUUGUUCAACGUUUCUCAUUUAACGCAAGAGGAUUGAACAACCGGCCAAGAGAGACUUAACAGGUGCUGUUCCAACAAAUGUGAAACAAAAAGAAAUCAAGCCACGUUCUGGCAAAUGUAGCACUCUUUUUGUGUGGGGAAAGAGGCAAGACAGUAUAUGGGUUCAAGAGGCAGCUUGUUCAUUUGUUGUCUUUCCCUUUGUGGCCUUUCAGGGGGUCUGUAAAAGCUGGCCCACCUGCCUGGAAGAUGGGGCUAUCAUAAUCCACAACCCCCUUUCUUUGGCGUUUGGGCUCCUGGUGGUGAUGAAUGAUAGGCUAUGGUAUGGUUGACCAAAAUGCAUACUAGGCUUGGGGAUAAGCUGGAGAAGAGCAGAACCUGGAGCAUUUAGGGGACAGAGAAUCCUGUGCUAAGGAGCAGGAUUGCUAAGGUGAUGGGAGUUGUAACCCAAUCCAUCUGGAAGUACCCCAGGUUGAAGAAGUCUUGGAAUCAGAUAUAUACCAGCUGUAGUAACUGCGAGGGCAUAUGUUGUUAGCAGCUGGCCAUUUAGGGUGACGUUUUCCAUCUGUCAUUGGUGAUACUCCAUGAAUGCUUGAUCUGACCUUUGGGUGUCUGUGUGUCAUUUUGGGGUGUUCUCUGGUUCCUUUUUCUGAGAUUGCAAAUGACAAUGAUAGUAAAUAAUAAUGACUGAA